AUGCUCAGCGACAAUGGGGAGCUGGAGCAUUUCAUCGAAGAGAACAACAUUGAUGAGAACGCCGCAGCUUUGCUGCGCGAGGCGCCUGGGAGCAUCCAGCGCGCUGUCCUGGAGGGGGGAAGUCUGCGGACAUGCAGGGAUCCGUCUGCAGGGUGCGUGGGUCGCAUUCGCAAGGCGGAGAAGCUGCGCAGGGGUGCCCCAGAUGAGGCGUCCGUGGAGGACUUCAUCAGUACAAACUGCCUCAGCGGCAAGGCAGCAGCAACUCUUCGCUCUGUAGCAUCGCCAGUGCAGCGGAAGGUCCUCGAACAGGGAAGCCUUCGCAGCUGUCGUGAUCCAAAUGGAGGCUGCCUCUCGCGUAUCAACAGAGCGCAGGCUGCCACGAAGGCUCCUGCAACGGCAGCAUCUGUUGUCUAUCCGACGAGGGAUGAAAUCGAGUUCUUUGUGGAAGACAACGGCCUGAACGAGCGGGCAGCAGAAGCGCUCAGAGGCGUUCCUCCAGCUGUGCAACAUCACGUGCUGGAGCAGGGAAGCCUUCGGAGCUGCCGUGAGCCGAGCGCUGGCUGCAUCGGCCGAAUCGGGAAAGCGCAGAAGCAGUUGGAUCCUGCACUUCUAGCAGUGCGUCAUGCGCCACCAGUUGACGAAGUGGAAGACUUUAUAGCGGACAACCGCUUGGACGAGCGAGCAGCACAAGCGCUUCGCGGAGCAGCAUCUUGGGUGCAGCGCCAGGUCCUGGACCAGGGCAGCCUCUUCACUUGCAGAGAUCCGAAUGCCGGAUGCAUUGGUCGACUUCACCGAGCACAGAUGUCGGCGCAAGCAGACGAGGUGGAGAGCUUCAUCCAGGACAACGGCCUGAGCGCCCGGGCUGCAUCUUUGCUACGAUCUUCAGCGCCGUCGGUGCAGCGCAAGGUCCUGGAUCAAGGCAGUCUUUAUGGCACCCGUGAGCCCAGUGCUGCCUGUGUCGGGCGCAUCGGAAAGCUACAGAGGAUGCCCUCACGUCGAGAACCUCGGCGGGCCCGAGAAAAGAGGGGCGCCCCGAGUUACGACGAGGACGAGGAAGUGCCCCUCGACAGCGAGUUUCCGGCCGAGGCAGUCUCCAGUCAGUGGACGGAGUUCGAGGCCUGGGAUGAUCCUGCGCCAGCUACGGAAACACUGCCGGAGCUGCUGGAGCAGUUCAUCCUUGACAAUGAAUUGAAUAACCGGGCAUCCAGUGCGCUUCGAGGCACAGCUGAGGAAGUACAACGUCAGGUGAUUGAGCAGGGCAGUCUUGCCACGUGCAGAGAACCAAGCGCUGGUUGCAUCGGCCGAAUACGAAAGGCUGAGGCUGCAUUGCACCUUCCACUCGUGGAGGAGGCGCACUGGACCCCUCCACCUCAGCCUCCCGAGCGUCCCACUGCAGCUGAGCCGACUGCUGACGAGCUGGACACAUUUAUCUGGGAGAAUCAACUCAACGAGCGCGCAGCGGAUGCGCUUCGUGCCUCAGCCGGCAUGUCCUGCCUCCUUCGAUCAUGCGUGGCAUUCUAUGCCUCUAUGCUCGGGAGAGCAGAAACCAAGGAGGGGCUGGCAGGAAAACUUGAGAUCCCUGCAUCACAGGUUCUGUCACAGGGAAGUUUGGCUUCCUGCCGCGAACCUAGUGCAGGCCUGAACGGUUGUGGGAACAGCUGCAUCGGCCGCAUCGCGAAAGCUCAAGCAAGGAACCAGUACCAUGGCUCUCCGGCUGCGGGCCGGCACCCCGACGGCGACGAUGGGGUCCGCCAUCAGCCUCGGCGGAGAUCUUUGCCGCCCUCUCAGCCCUGGACUCCUUCAGAGGCUGAGGUGGAGCAGUUCGUGGAGGAAAACGAACUGAACGAGAGAGCCGCUGAUGCCUUGCGGAGCAUCCCUGCGAUCAUCCAAAAGCAGGUCCUCGAGCAGGGGAGCCUGCGUGGCUGUCGCGAGCCGAGCGCCGGCUGUAUCGGCCGCAUUGCCAAGGCACAGAGAUCUGCACACGUUGCGGAGGACGCCUUGCAGGCACCCUCCACCGACGAACUGUCGGCCUUUGCAGAACAGAACAGCAUCGGCGACCGUGCGACAUCCAUCCUAUACGAGGCGCCAGCUGCUGUGCAAAGAGCCGUGCUGGACCAGGGAAGCCUCCAGGGCUGUCGAGAUCCUGGUGCCGGCUGCGUCGGCCGGAUCAGGAAGGCCCAGGAGGCACUGCGCAACGGCAGCCCGCAUGCUGGCAUUUCGCGCAAGCGGAGGCGGCAAGAAGAGGUACGGUCAGGAGGCCCAGACUUCCACCAAAAUGGAGGACGUGGCUGGGUGGAUCCAAAGCUGCGCUCUGCAGUGGAGAAUUUCGUUAGGGAGUUCGAGCUGAGCGAACGGGCAGCCAACACACUUCGCCAGGAACCGCCGGAGGUGCAAGAAGCAGUACUCCGAGGCAACCGCGGAAGUUUACACGAAAUAGUUGCCCGGACCCAGCCUUCUUUCGGGGUUGGCCCUUCGAAAGCUUGUCCUGUCGGUGGUGGAGCCGAGUGCGGAAAUCGUACAGGCUUGCCUGCGUGGCUUGUGCGCUCUCGCGGUGCGGGAAGUCGUGGAAACAUAGAGUAG